AUGGAUACAACCUUCAUUGAUGCUUUGAUUGAAGAAUGCCGCAAAGGUAAUAGAGUGGAUGGCACAUUUACUACAAUGACAUAUGACAACAUACUUUCACUUUUGAGAUCUAUCUAUGGUAACCACAUCCGCAAAGAGAAUCUUAAGAAUAGACUCAAGACUUUAAAGGAUCAUUUUGGAGUUUGUUAUGAUAAUUUUCAUGGGCUUAGUGGGUUUUCCUGGAAUCCAAUUACAAAGAUGUUUAAGGCUGAAGUUGAAGUCUGGGAAGAAUUGAUUAAGGCAAAACCAGAAGUGAAAAAGUGGAUGCGUACUCCAAUCAAACACUAUGAUAAACUAUUUGAGAUAUAUGGUACAGACAGGACAACAGGAAAACAUGCUGAAAGUGCCAAAGAAAAAGUGAAAAGGUGGGAAAAGAAUAAAGAAAAAAUUAACUUGAAUGAUGAUGAUAGUUUUUUAAAUAUGGAAGAGGAGUGGAAUGAGAAUCCAAUUACUCCUCAUGCUACUAGUUUUACAAUGGGUCAUAGUCCUGAAAUUGGUUUAUCUAACCAAUCAACUGGCUCUCAAGGAACAUCAUCAAGAGGUACUAAACGCAAAACAAUCAUGAGUGAUAAAUUAGAAUCAGAAAUGGAAACAAUGAGUAAAGGCAUUCAAGCAUUGACUGACAUGAUGAAAGAUGAGAAUCAUUUUUAUGAGAGAUCAAUUAAUAUUGCUGAAAAGCAAGUGUUAACAGCUGAAGAAUAA